AUGUGCCAACAAGCAAUGUUUAACAAGGUUCCGAGAAUAGCGCAGUGGGCUGCUAAGGGAGCUCAUUUUGUCAAUGGAGUACAACCACAGUAUCCCACAUUCACAGCCGUAAACCAUAUGGCCAUUGCAACAGGUCUCUUCACAGAAAGUCAUGGUAUUGUCUCGAAUACUUUCUAUGAUAAGGCUACGUCUAAAUUGUAAGC